AAUGAGUCGAAGGUAUUUAGUUCUUAUUCUAAUUCUGGGUUUCCUCGAUCUGACCUGCAGUUCACCAAGGUCGUGCAAGGGUGGUUUUGUUUUUAGCCCCAAAAGCCGAAGAUGUGAACCGCAGCCACCGACGGAGGAGUCAUCUAAUUGCCGACCCGGAACGCACUGGCUGCCAGAAAAGAAAUUUUGUAUCAAGUUGCGGCAAGUUAUAUCUGGAUACUUCCCCGUAAAACCUGAAGAGUCGACACAAAACCUGAAGUGCCCCAGAGGAUCCGUUUCUAUGGGAAAUCUGUGCGUAAGGGAAUGAACCAAAGCAAUCAAUGUUAAGCACAUUGGUCAAUGGGAAAACGAUGGAAAACAACUUGUUUACAGGCGGCAGUUUUGUGGAAUAACAAGAAACUAUGGCAUUUGGCCAACAAAUUGCAAGCCUGAAGGGAAGAAAGCCAGUUUUUCUGAUUUUCUGUUGCUUCACAGCAAACUUUUCUGGUAUUGAUUUUUUGUACUACGUUGUAUAUUUGCAUUUCACUGAUUGCCGACGUUCUUAUACAUUUCAAGCCCUACUUUGUGUUAAGCAUAAUUUUCAUCCAUCCAGUUUAAUGAUUACUUUGAAUGCAUAAGCCCAAUCGUUUUCCAUAUCAGUGUAAAGUCGUUUGGUACAUAUACGAAAAAAGUCAUGGAAAAAUACCUUUAUAUAUCUUAGUUUCUCAUGCACUGCUAUUGCAAUGAACACAGCUGCAAGUUUAUAGCCAUUUUAACCAUUAAUACCAUAUAUAACUAAUAAACUCCAAUUGUUAGGGAAGUGAUUUGCA